AUCACCAUCAUCAAAUCACAUUAAUCAAAUAAAACUUCAUGGUCAUUGAAAUUGUGUAUUCUAUUGAUAAUUUUACAGUUCCUAAACCAAGACUUUGCCCGGUUGAAAGUGAAAAAUAUGUUCACUAAUAAAUCUAAUAUGCGUAUAUUAUUUAAAAAUAUAUUAGACAAAGAUGUGCAGUGUAUGCUUUGGCCUUUAAACCUGAUGCAGUAUAUGAUGUUGUGUCCCAAAUAUCACAUCAAAAACAACCUUAUUACUCCUAAUAGCUUAAUCUCUAAUAUCAUUUCAAUUAUUGCAACAGUAGGUUUUAUUUCUAGCAGUUUCUAUCGCACGUAUGAAAUUAUUUACUAUUCAGUUCUAAAAUCCACCAGCUUUUUUAUUUCUUUCGUUCUGUAUUACGACUGUAUCUACUACGUCGCAGGUUUCAUUAUGAAUUGUGCUAUGGGAAUUCUUCAAACCAAGAAUAUGGUAAAAUUUGUCCUGAUUUUUCAAAAAAUACACCGGUUUUUGAAUGAUGGGAGUUUAUUUAGACGCUAUGUUAUUAUGAAUUGGAUCUAUUUCAUUGCGGCUCUAGGCUUCUUUUUCAUUAUUUUAAUGUUAUUCGUUAUGCUAUUCGAAAACUGGAUUUUUAUUAUUUACGGCUAUGAACUAAUUUUCUUUGAUUUAAAUGUUGUUUACUUCAUUCGAAUUAUAAAAUUAUUGGAAGACAAAGUUGUUCUUUACAAUAAAUGUCUGUUGAAUUAUGAAAAACAUACAACUGAUGAGAGCUAUAGACAAAAAAUUUUUCAAGUCUACGUUGACUUAUUGGAAUGUUAUAACAUUUUAAAGAAAUGUUUUCAACAAUUUUUAUCUAAUUCGUAUAAUUUAACCAAUGCUUUCUUUUUGGUCUCCUUCGAUAUUAAUGCGGUCCUAGCUAUUAGGUCCCUUAAUCUAUUAGAAGAUAAGAUUUCUCUGUGGAAUGUUAAUAUGUAUGAAGUGAGAAGGCUAUGCAAGAACGUGCUACGCUUGCACCGCGCGUCAUUCAGCAAGAUACGCGCGUGCGGACUGUUCUACGUAGACGCCGCGUUACAACUCGCUCUUAUGAGUCUACUCACUAACUACGUUGUUGUUUUGCUACAGUUUGCGUUUUUAUAA